AUGUGCCUGUCGAUGACGGUGCUUGGUCGACGAGGGACGUCGUUCAUCCCGAGGGACGUUGCGCGGCUCAGUGUCACUGUCAAGCAACCACGUUGCUCCAGCCGCAAUGAAAUGUUGAUGAGCGACACGCUGUCACAACGGUGCCCCGCGUCGCUGCGCGUCGACGAUGUCUCGCGAGUCGUCCUGGGCUGGCCCCGCGGGAGCUCGAGGACGUUCUCUUCCGCGAGGACUCCGAUCUCCCCCGACGCCGUCGUCGACGCUCUGACGAAGCACCAGGCGAAGGAGCUGGUGUCGAAGCUCACCUCGGAGGAGCGUGGCAUGUUCUUGACAGCGCUGAAAGAGUACAAAUCGCAGGAGGAGAAGGCUGGCUUUGAAG